GCUCAUGGGCGAGGAUGCAACCCGGCGGCAAGGGCCCGGCCGAGCCGGUCAUAUGCAGAGCCCGUGACCGCCGCCCGGGAGCCGCGGCGCCGCGGAGAGCCAGAUAAGCCGCCCCCCCGGGCCAUGUCCACCGAGAGCUCCCCGCUGCUCAGCUACCGCCUCUUUCGGGUGCCGCGGGACGGGGAGAUGGCGGGGGCCAGCCAGGAAGAGGCGCCCCUGGUGGUGGGCUCGGCCUCUGGGAGCGGCCCCCCCGACCCGGCCCGGCAGCUCUCCACCUUCUUCGGGGUGGUCGUGCCCACCGUCCUGUCCAUGUUCAGCAUCGUGGUCUUCAUGCGCGUCGGGUUCGUGGUGGGCCACGCCGGCUUCCUGCAGUCCCUCCUGAUGCUGGUGGUCGCCUACCUCAUCAUCUCCCUGACGGUUCUCUCGGUGUGCGCCAUUUCCACCAACGGAGCCGUCCAGGCCGGUGGGGCCUACUUCAUGAUCAGCCGGACCCUGGGCCCCGAAUUCGGGGGAAGCAUUGGCCUCAUGUUCUACUUGGCCAACGUCUGCGCCUGCGGCGUCUACGUCCUUGGGCUGGUAGAAGCCAUCCUGGAUGUCUUUGGAGCAGAUGGAUCAGAGCCGCCAGGCCCCAAGGCCCUCCCGCAGGGCUACCUGUACAGCUUCCUCUACAGCUCCGUGGUGCUCCUGCUCUGCCUUCUGGUUUGCCUGGUGGGGGCCCAGAUUUACUCCAGGGCUGCCUUCUUCAUCUUCCUCCUGGUCAACCUGGUCCUCAUCACCAUCUUCGUCAGCUUCUUCACCGUCUCCCCACGGGAGAUUCUGGUCUCUCGCGGCGCCAACCAGAGCUUCAACGCCUCCUUCACGGGCUUCAACGUCUCCACCCUCAGGGACAACAUGUAUGCCCUGUACUCGCGGGACUACACCACUAACAACAUGAUGUCUUUUGCCACCGUCUUUGCCGUCAUGUUCAACGGCUGCACUGGCAUCAUGGCCGGCUCCAACAUGUCAGGGGAGCUGAAGAACGCCAGCGCCUCGAUCCCCAAGGGGACGAUUGUCGCUGUCCUGUACACGUUCGUCAUCUACUUCUUCCUCUUCUUCAUGACCAGCUUCACCUGCGAGAGGGCCCUGCUGAAGGGUGAUUAUGGCUUCUUCCGGGCCAUCAACGUCUGGCCGCCCUUCGUGCUGAUGGGCAUCUACUCUGCCUCGCUCUCAGCUUCCAUGAGCAACCUCAUUGGCGCUUCCCGCAUCCUUCAUGCCCUGGCCAAGGACGACCUCUUUGGGGCUGUCCUGGCUCCAGCCAAGAUCGUCUCCAAAGGAGGCAAUCCCUGGGUGGCCGUCCUCUAUACCUGGGGCCUCGUGCAGCUGGUGCUCCUGGUUGGGAAGCUCAACACCAUUGCUGGCAUCGUCACCGUCUUCUACCUGGUCGCCUAUGCCGCUGUGGACCUGGCCUGCCUGGCACUCGAGUGGGCCUCAGCUCCCAACUUCCGCCCCACCUUCCAACUCUUCUCCUGGCACACCUGUCUCCUUGGCAUCGUCUCCUGCCUGGUGAUGAUGUUCUUGAUCAGCCCGGCAGGGGCCUCCGGAAGCUUGGGGCUCAUGCUGCUGCUCCUGGGCUUCAUCCACCUGCGCUCAGCCGCUUCGUCCUGGGGCUACAUCAGCCAGGCACUCAUCUUCCACCAGGUCCGGAAGUACUUGCUGCUGCUCGACAUCCGGAAGGAUCACGUCAAGUUCUGGCGGCCGCAGAUCUUGCUCAUGGUGGCCAACCCGCGGGGUGGAUCCCAGCUGAUGAGAUUCAUCAACCACCUGAAGAAAGGAGGCCUCUUCGUCCUGGGGCACGUGGAGAUCGGGGACCUGGAUACGAUGCCGUCGGAUCCCAUCCAGGCUCACUACAACUUCUGGCUCAGCCUUGUGGAUAAGCUCAACAUCAAGGCUUUUGUGGAUCUGACGUUGUCUCCGUCGGUCCGGCAGGGAACCCAGCACUUGCUCCGGAUCACUGGCUUAGGGGGGAUGAAGCCCAAUACGCUCGUCCUGGGCUUCUAUGAUGACUGCGUCCCUGAAGAUUACUUCCUGCAGGACCCAGCCUUCAGCCAAGCCCGGGAGAAUGACGAGUUUGGGGUGGACUUGGCAGCGCUCCAAGCCCACUUCCCACCUGUGCGGGUCGCAGCAAACCAGCGGGCUUUGAAACCGUCCGAGUACGUGGCCAUUAUCUCGGACGCAGUGAAGAUGCAUAAGAAUGUGUGCCUGGCCCGCUACUUCCACCUUCUGGAGAAGGACCUGCUAUCGUCUUCUGCUUCCAAGAAGCGCCUCGAAGGCAGCUACAUCGAUGUCUGGCCCCUCAACCUCUUGCGCCCAAACACGCCAACCUAUGUGGACAUCUGCAGCCUCUUCCUCCUCCAGAUGGCCUGCAUCCUCACCAUGGUCAACUCCUGGAAAGCUGCCCGGCUGCGCAUUUUCCUCUGCGUGGAGUCAGGUGACGUGGGCUGGGUCAGCAAGGAGGAGAAAUUGCGGGAGCUGCUGACCAAGUUGCGGAUUAAGGCCACCAUCAAGAUUGUGACCUGGGACCAAGUGGUCACCUUGCAUGGCCACCACCAGCAUGUGGGGAGUGGGAGGUCAAGCGCUUCAGAGGGUCAAGGCCUGCCUUGUCCUCCCAAUACAGAGAAGCUGUUGGGGGAAACUUUCCUGAAUGCAGCCACUUUCCAUGUGACGGCCGAGUAUUUGACAGCGGUCAAUGAUCUGCUGCUGAAGCAAGGUGGCCAGACAGCCGUGCGGUUCCUCUACCUGCCACGGCCUCCUGCGGACACCUCUCAGUAUGAGCGCUACUUGGAACAGCUGGAGAUUCUAACCACUGGCCUGGGGCCAACCCUACUGAUCCACGGGCUGACCCCUGUCACCUGUACUGAACUGUAAGUGGCCAGCGGUGGGCCCUACGUUCCUGGCCAGCAGUGGGCCCUGAGGCCCAGGUCAUCAAAGAACAGAAACCUCGUGCCUUGUCUCUGGAGCGGGGAAGGAAUGAGGCGGCCAUGCUGAGCAUGGCUUUGCUGAAGAGCCUUCGAACCCAGGGGGGAGAACAA